CGUACACAUAUGUACGUGUGCUAGGUACCUUGGGGCAGAGGAAGCUGUAAGAAUUCCAGCCUCCCUACCGAAAAAGAGUCGACUUAACCCUCUUUCCACCUCCUCCGCCUUGCCUAGGUUAGUUAAGUUGGAGACUCCAGCAUCAACAACUUCUCCCACAUACCAACCCGACCUUCCUCCAUACCUGCGUUACCUCCCAUUUUCCUACCCAACCUACCUUCGCGCACCUUUUCGCCUUACGCCACCAAUAGGCCCUACCGACCGUUCGUUGCCGAACCUCAAAACGCACUUGUCCGUCUCGUCGACAACUGCUGCUCCGCUUCGCCUCUGCUGCCAAUUGUCCCCCUUUUUUUUUGACUGUUCAUCUGAAACCCACCUCUCCAACAUCUCCAUCGCCGAGCUCUGUCUUAAAUUGAGGCCUACCGAGCUCGGCUGCGCAACAAUGUCUUCCGAAUCGGGCGUCGACGCCGCCGCGCCAGCGCUGAAUCUCACGCCAGAAGAGAAGCGAGUAUACGGCAUCCUGUUCCGGCAGGCGGACACCGAUAAUGUCGGUGUCGUAACGGGCGAGGUCGCCGUCAAGUUCUUCGAAAAGACUCGGCUGGAUUCGCGCAUCCUCGGAGAGAUUUGGCAAAUAGCCGACAAGGAGAAUCGCGGGUUUCUAACACCUGCUGGUUUCGGAAUCGUCUUGCGACUCAUCGGCCACGCACAGGCGGGACACGAACCGACGGCCGAACUAGCCCUUCAGCAGGGUCCUUUGCCGCGCUUCGACGGAAUCAAUAUCGCCGCUGCCGCGCCGCCGCCGCCGCCGCCGCCUUCAGCGCUGCAGGCACAGGCAACUGGUGGCGUCCCAGUGCGGAUACCGCCGCUGACGGCCGAGAAAGUUAGUCAAUAUAGUGGAUUGUUCGAGAAACAGAACCUGCAGAAUGGCGGCAUUCUACCGGGCGACCAGGCAAAGAACAUAUUCGAGAAGUCGGGUCUCCCCAAUGAAAUUCUGGGCCGCAUCUGGCAGCUUGUCGAUACAGAGCAGAGGGGCGCGCUUGUCCUGACCGAGUUUGUCAUCGCCAUGCACCUGCUCACCUCCAUCAAGUCCGGUACCUUGAAAGCUCCCCCGAGUAUCCUCCCUGCCGGGCUCUACGAGGCUGCUACGAGACGUGGCUCUCUGCCGAGACAGAGUCCCACCACUACUGGCCCCCCGAUUCCCGCUAUACCGCGACAAUUGAGUGGACAGGCGCAACUGAGAACGAACAGCCCGCUGGGGAGGCCCCCUCUGGGCCCCCAGGCUACCGGCGUGACUCCUCAGAUCACUGGCGGCGAUUGGCUCGUCACGCCUGCUGACAAGGCGAGGUUCGACCAAUUCUAUGCCGACCUGGAUAAGGCAAAUAAGGGGUUCAUCACCGGCGAGGAGGCUGUCCCGUUCCUGAGCCAGUCGGGUCUGUCUGAAGAUGCUCUUGCCCAGAUCUGGGACCUUGUAGAUAUUCCCAAGGAUGGGCGACUGACCAGGGAUACGUUUGCCGUCGCCAUGUACCUCAUCCGCCAGCAGCGAAGCAGACGUGAUAUCCCGCUGCCUACCGUCCUCCCUCCGAAUCUUAUCCCCCCGUCUAUGCGCCCGGCUCGCGCUCCCGUUCCGCAGUCGGCGUUUGACGCCCCAGUUCCGUCGUCUCCGCCGCCGCCGUCGCAGCAGCCGCACCCACAGCCCCAACCGCAUCCGAAAUCUGCUCUUGAUGAUCUGUUUGGCCUGGAUGCCUCGUCGAGCCCAGCCCCGCCACAAGUGCCCUUGUCUACCGGAGGCUCUGCGUCUAGAGACCCUUUCGCCAACGGGCCUACGAUAUCGCCAGUCCGCGCCUCGCCCACGGGAAAUACCUUCAGACCCUUCGUUCCGUCGUCAUCCUUCGGCAAGACUUUGACCUCUCACGAUACCGGAGGGUCGAGCGGCUCGGGCCAAACUCCGAGAGGGCCCCCGGCUCUAGCCCCUUCCAACAUGGAAGAUCUCCUCGGAGACAAUGACCCGGAAAUUAGCAAGAAACUCACCAACGAGACGGCCGAGCUGGCCAAUCUGUCUAGCCAGGUGGGGUCCCUGUCAAAGCAGAUGCAACAAGUUCAGGGCCAGCGUAGCUCGACGCAGAAUGAGAUCAACCAAGCGAGUGAACAGAAGAAAAAUUUCGAGCAACGGUUGUCUCAGCUGCGCACGCUAUACGAAAAGGAGGCCCAGGAUGUCCGAGCGCUGGAGGAACAGUUGAGGACUAUUCGCGAAGAUACCAGGAAGCUCACCAAUGAGAUGGUCACUAUUGAUGGCAAUUAUCAAGACCUCCAGGCUCAGCAUCGCCAGCUGUCACAGGCCCUGCAAGCCGAUCAGCAAGAAAAUGCUGCGAUAAAACAGCGCAUCAGUGUUGUCAAUGCCGAAAUCUCUCAGCUCAGGCCACAAAUUGAGAAACUCAAAUCGGAGGCACGACAGCAGAAGGGAUUGGUGGCCAUUAGUAAGAAGCAGCUCUCGACCGCCGAGGCCGACCGCGACAAGUUCAAGACCGAGGUUGAAGAUCUCACCAAGAGCAACGAGGAGAUUUCUCGCCAAAUCAACGCCAGCUCGCCAGUCUCUGCGCCUGCCCAGGCGACGAGCCCCACACCUUCGACCACAAGCAACCCUUUCUUCCGACGGCCGGGGAGCACGGAUAUAAUGGGCGCGUUUGCCUCUCCCCCUGUUAAGGCCUAUGGCGAGAAGUCGUUCAGUGAUAUAUUCGGCGAGUUAGACGGCGAAACUACCUCGCCACCCCCGAUGACGUCGUUUCCCGCUCCAGAUACCAGCACCUCGACGGGCAGCAUAGGCUUCGCGACGCCCAAUAGCUCCACGCCUACGAUAAGUGGCCGCCAGGGCUCCUUUGCGGGAGAAGCUCCGGUGUCGGCUGAGCCGCGACAACCCAGCCCGGGCUUCGGAGCGUUUGGCGAAUCGUCCGAGACGCUAAACCCCUCGCGCCAGGUUUCGCCUCCUGUGAGCAGAGCCGGUGAGAAUACUACGACUGCUGCGAUUGCUACGCUUGCUCCCGCUCCGAUAGAGCCUGCUUCAACGGGCCAGAGCUUAGCCUCGGCCUCCGACACCAACCCUAAGUGGUCUUCCCUGCCCGCGCAGAGCGAAGACAGGCCGAAGACAGCCAACGACGGGCCUGCCCCUGGCUCGUUUCCCGAUGAGACAUCAACCGCCCCACCCCCAAACACGGCAUUCGCCAGUAAGAGGGACAGCGAUCUUUUCGGAAACCUGAAAGACUCAGGCAAUGCGAAGGUGGAUUUCGAAUCUGCUUUCGCUAGCAUGGGUGGCCCCUCGACUAAGCCGCAGGACAAGUCCGCAAAGGACAACACCAACGCGUUCUCGUCUUUCAACUCCGAGUUCCCUCCUAUCUCGGAGCUGGAGCGGGAUGACGAGUCGGACUCAGCUAGCGAGGGUAAUGGGUUUGAGGAUGACUUCGCACCCGCCUCCCCCGAAAAUAAAAGGACCGAAGCCAAGGAGGCCUCUCAAGCCCCGUCUUCCCCCACAGCUUCAAAGGCGAGUGCUGCCACGCCCGAUGCUUCGACCGUGGAUGGUACGGCUCCGGCAUCGCACGCGUCCCAACCAUCAAAUGACCUAUCGGCGUUCCCCGAACCGCCGGUGUCAUCUCCAUCCUUUCCUCCUUCCUCAAAACCCGGAGAUCCUUUCGUCCCCACGCCGAGCACGGCCACCAACGCGACGUCCAACGCCCCAAAAGGCGCCUUUGAUGACCUAGAUGAUGAAUUUGAGGGCCUCGAAGAUGCCAAGGAGGGUUCGGCGGACGAUGAAUUCGCCAACAUGUCGAGGUCUCACCUCGACGACUUUAAUCCCGUCUUUGAUAGCAGUCCUCCACCAAGCCAACCCAAGAGCGAGUCAACCAACGUCUCUAAUGCAUUUGGAAUCGAUAGCAGCUACGACUUUGGCACGAUCUCCUCUACGUCUGCCGCCACAGCCAGCGCUGCUCCAGCAACUAACAACACCAACGCCACCUCCGGCUCAAGCCAAGCUCCCCCAGCACCCAAUAAUCAAGACUGGGAAGCCCUCUUCUCCAACCUGGAAUCCCCCAACGACGCGACAGCCAAUACAAGCGGCGGCAAUAAUAAGAGCCCCGUCCCGAGCCAAAGCUCGCCCCGACCCAGCACCGCAGGGAGAGCAUUAAGCGAUGAGGGCAAACCGGAUGAUCCCAUCGUCAAGAAUUUAACGGGGAUGGGCUAUUCGAGGACGGACGCCGUGAACGCUCUGGAGAAGUAUGACUAUAAUCUCGAGCGGGCCGCAAACUACUUGGCGAACCAGUCUUGAAUAGCUCAGGUUCCGAUCGCGCCCCCCAACACAUCGCGUACGACAAAUACAGACACGCAUGCACACACGUACACAUGCACACACACACACACACACAGACCCACACAAGGAUGAACGACUCUGCGUUUUACUAUGAGAUACCACCUCACUUGCAUACGGGGAUCAGCGGUGGAUCUUUGGAAGUUUGUUACGGAUGAGCCUCUGGUUAUUUGCGGUAUGAAUACCUGAGAAAGGGAGGAGAGGGGUUCCCCCCACGGAGACUGGCUUUCCUGACCGACCUGGCAGGAAAGUUCAAAAAGCGAGAAGAGGAUGGAGGACGGUCGACGAUUAAUGUAUAGUUCCGCAUGUAAUUUUUGUUGUUGUCGCUGUCGUGAUCGCGCACGCGCACAUGCGACGUACCCAGCGCCUCUGUCCUUAACUUAUUGUUAUUCUUGUAUUUGGCAAGCUACCUGAAAAAGGAAUUCUAUUGGGGGUAUCUCAAGUCUUGAACGAAAAAU